GCACAAUUGAAGUCAGCAGUAUCUCAUCAUCUCCAGAUCUUCUUCUUUCAUAAGAUGCAGAAAUGGUAACAGAUGAUUUCAACCGUCGAAAGGUAGACUUGGACUUUUAUUUGCAUCGUGUAUUCCGAAAGACGUCAUUUCGUCCUCUCCAGCGGGAGGUUAUUGCGGCUGCUAUUGAAGGUCACGACGUGUUCCUGCAGGCAUCUACAUCGUUUGGGAAGAGUCUGUGCUUCCAGUUGCCUGCUGUGAUCAGCCAUGGCGUGACCGUUGUUGUGAGUCCUCUCCUGGCGUUGAUGACAGAUCAGGUCAAUGCGCUUCAAGCCAUCGGAGUACCAGUGGCAACCAUCAAUUCUACAACAUCGGUGUCAGAAAGAAAAGUGAUCAGGGAAGAUUUGCUUUCGGGUCACCCUAGAACUCGUCUUCUUUACGUGACUCCGGAACUAUGUCUGACAGAGACCUUCCGACGCAGUCUUCAGAUUAUUCACUCUCAGGGCGAAUUGACCCGGGUUGCCAUCGACGAGGCCCAUUGUAUAAGUCAAUGGGGGCAUGAUUUUCGUACGGCAUAUAAGGAAUUAGCCUGGUUUAAACGUACCCUCAAAAAUCCCACAGUCCCAAUCAGUGCCUUUACGGCGACUGCAACCCCUCGAGUCCGCGAAGACAUUAUUGCAAUACUGGGUUUAGAUGUUUCUCAAUUGAAGAUCUUCAACACACCCUCUGCUCGUCCUAACAUUCAUUAUGAGAUUAGAUAUCUCGAAGAUUAUGCUGAAGACCCAUUAUGUCCAGAAGACUUCCAGGUGGACGACCUUGUCUCCUGGCUGGACUCCAUCAAGACUCGGCGGGAGGCCAGAUUCGGUUCGGCUGCUGCUAAUCUCUCUCCCAUAUCAGGAAUCGUGUACGUGAACUAUCGUGCAACCUCGGUGGAUCUAGCCAACAAGCUUUCAGAGAGAAGCGAUUCCGUCAACGCUGUGGCUUAUCAUGCUGGUCUUUCGAGCGAAGACAGAACCCGUAUUCAGACAAUGUGGAUGUCCCCACAAACACAUUCAGAAAACCCAGACAAACCAAAUCCAGCAUUCUCCAUCAUUGUGGCAACUAAUGCAUUUGGCAUGGGUAUCGAUAACCCCGACGUCCGUUUUGUCGUCCAUUGGACCCCCUCUCGAAGUUUCGAAGGUUUCGUGCAAGAAUCUGGUCGCGCAGGCCGCGAUGGCCGCGCCGCCGCAUCACUCGUUUACUACAACACCCAAGAACGCGAUAGGGUUCUCGACCAUCUUGAAAAGGACGUCACAAAAGCCAGAAAUCGGGCCGGCGUAAGCAAAGGCCAACCGGGGAACGCUGACCACCGAGCAAAUCUCCAAAGCCACAAAGCCCGACUAGAGAGCUUCCGGAACGUGGUCCGAUAUUGUGAAUCCACGACCCGGUGCAGACAUGAGAUCAUCAAGGAAUUCUUCGGUGACUUCGAACUGGAACAGAUGGGCUCCCAGGUCCCACGCAACGAAGGAGAUGCGCCGGAGUCAUCAUCCCCAUGCGAUUUCGCCUGCGAUUUUUGUAAAGAAGGCCGGAGUGCUCUGGCCAUACGCAAGGCGAAAAUGGUUCCUCCAAGUAACCCGGAUGGUUUUAUCGAGAUGAGCUUUCUCCCUUAUAUGCAAUUUUUGUUUCCAAACGGGUUUCGUUAG